UCGUCAGCCUGGACCAAUGACUGGCCAAGUUCCGCGUUGCAUGUUUUUGUCGUCUUCAUCGUCUUACCAAAAGUCUGAAACUUUACAAACCCACAAACCCAAAAGCUGAAAGCUUUAAACCCAACAACAUAGUAGAGUCUCUGAAGUCCACGAGAUUCGAAUAUCACCGACCCUCUCGCAAUUCACAUUUCACAAGUACAAUGCAGCGCCUCUCAUCACUUUCUCUACAUGCUCUCCUCCCACUUUUCACCACUCUAAGUUUGCUCAAAGUGAUAGUUGCUGAAGAGGGGUUUUGCUCUUGGUCUUCCAUAAGCGAUUCGAGUUCGAACUCAAAGCAUCUGUAUUGGAAGGUUACGAAUCCCACGCUUUCACCUUCUCAUCUUCAAGACUUACCAGGUUUUACACGAAGCGUCUAUAAAAGAGACCAUGCUCUGAUAACACCUGAAAGUCAUGUUUUCAGCCCCCUACCUGAGUGGAAAAAUACGUUAGGAGCCUAUUUGAUUACUCCAGCCAUUGGAUCACACUUUGUGAUGUACUUGGCAAAGAUGCAAGAGACUUCACUAUCUGGACUCCCAGCGUACAAUGUUGAGAGGUUCGUAUUUGUGGUUCAGGGUGCUGUGACUCUGACUAAUGCUUCUGGUGCUAGCCACAAACUUAUGGUGGAUUCAUAUGCUUAUCUACCUCCUAAUUUUGAACAUCUCCUUAAGUGUGAUGAGUCUGCUACACUUGUGGUAUUGGAGAGAAGGUAUGCUUCUCUGGAGAAUCAUUUUACAGAGCUGAUUGUGGGUUCAACAGACCAACAGCCAAUUCUUGAAACUCCAGGAGAGGUCUUUGAGCUAAGGAAGCUUCUGCCUGUGUCUAUUGCCUAUGACUUCAAUGUCCAUAUUAUGGAUUUUCAGCCUGGAGAAUAUCUUAAUGUGAAGGAGGUCCAUUAUAAUCAGCAUGGAUUGCUGCUCUUGGAGGGGAAGGGCAUUUACCGCUUGGGUGACAGCUGGUACCCUGUUCAAGCAGGUGAUGCCAUUUGGAUGGCACCGUUUGUUCCUCAAUGGUAUGCUGCACUGGGUAAAACCCGUACACGAUAUUUUCUGUACAAAGAUGCAAAUAGGGAUCCACUGUAAACUGUAGUCAAUUGCCACACAAAGACUGUCAAUCACAUACUUCCAAAAACAAGUUAAUUAAUCUUCAUUGCAUUUUUACCGUACAUUAAUGUUGUUAAAUAUAAUAUAUGUUAUGUUAGGAUAAGGACCUUCUGUACCAAAACUCUAUCCUCAAUUUUCUGCCCCACCACUUAAAAAUGGAUACUUUGUAUUUAAAAAAUUCAAUGCCAAAUGGACCCCUAGGCCGUUUAUCUUCUUUUUUA